AACAGGCCCAGUGGGCAGCAAUGAAGCAACAAGGAACAAGCCAACCCAAACAAAAACAGAUACCGACAUUAACGGCUUGUUAGCCGAUAAUAAGGGACCUGCUAAACACUCCGGUGAUGAACCCUAAUGAGAAAGUUCCGCGAAGAAGGUAGAGCUCAAUCCGGCGGCCGGCGUGGAGGACGGCAAUGCGAGGAGAGACGUUCCAGUCUCUGAGAAUCCUCCUCGAAGCUGAGCUCUCUUUAAGGAAACCAAGCUUGAGAAUUGCGGUUACAGUGGAGCAAACCUUUGCACAGAGUACUGUCUGCGAGAUCUUCUCCCCCCGAUAAAUUUGUGCGUUUCUCUCUUCCCAAGAAUGAUAUACAAGUGAGGAGAGGCAUAAUUUGCGGAGACAAUUGUUCGCUAGUUGAUUUCUAGGGCGAGGUUCCGUCUUCAAAGCUUGCAUUAAAAGCAUAUAUGUAAGUUUGGAUUAUAGGUUGAUCCCGCUGCAAUCUUCUCACAGAUCGACUUCACUCUUUCUUGCUGGGUUUUGGAAUUUAAUGAAUGAUUGGACAGUGGAAUUAUUUUCUAGAUUUAGUUUGGAGUGACGAAAUUGGAAGGAAAAGAAAAUAAAAGUAUUGAUGAAAUUGGAGGGAAAAGAAAGGGAGGGAUAGUUAUUUUCGUUAGAUACAACGGCAGCCCAUCCUCACGCCCCGGCGAUUUCUCUUCUACAGUUCCAGCGUUACUCCAGCUAUGGCGUCAUUUCUUCAAUUUUUUGUAGAAAACCCAAAAUUUGUUGUUUGGAUCAAAAAGAUCAUACUACGUUUGAUAUUUUGCUAAAAUUUGGAGAGCCGUUUGGAGAAAGCCCGAGAAUUGAAGCUCAUACACAAUAAUAGUGGAGAAUCCUGGCAUAGUUAUUACACAUAUGGCAUGAGGGUGGAAGGGGAGGAGGCCUCGCCCAGGAAUAUUAGGAACCAGAUUAAGAAAAACAGGAGUAUGAGACCAAGGCUUCAUAGGAGGGAGGUGUGAAGAUAUCAAAUACCAUGGGUGAUUGUACAAAACACAGAAUUUUGAUGGUGUCUGAUUUUUUCUAUCCCAACUUUGGGGGUGUCGAGAAUCACAUUUAUUAUCUAUCACAAUGCUUGCUCAAGCUUGGCCACAAGGUGGUUGUUAUGACUCAUGCUUAUGGAAAUCGUUCCGGGGUUAGAUAUAUGACACAUGGCCUCAAAGUCUAUUAUGUACCCUGGAAACCAUUUCUUAUGCAGAACACCUUGCCCACCAUUUAUGGGACGCUUCCAAUUAUAAGGACAAUUCUCAUUCGGGAAAAGAUAUCUUUGGUGCAUGGACAUCAAGCCUUCUCAACUCUUUGUCAUGAAGCUUUGAUGCACGCACGCACGAUGGGAUAUAAAGUUGUAUUUACUGACCAUUCACUGUAUGGUUUUGCUGAUGUGGGUAGCAUUCACAUGAACAAGGUUCUGCAAUUUGCUCUAGCAGAUGUGACUCAGGCUAUUUGUGUUUCUCAUACAAGUAAGGAAAACACAGUCUUAAGGUCAGGGUUGCCGCCAGAAAAGGUUUUUGUUAUACCAAAUGCGGUGGACACAGCUAUGUUCAAGCCUGCCCCAGAGCGACUCAGCAAUAAUGAAAUUGUUGUAGUUGUGAUAAGUAGAUUGGUUUAUCGGAAGGGUGCAGAUCUGCUCGUCGAAGUCAUUCCCGAAGUGUGCAGUUUGUAUCCGAAUGUUCGUUUCAUUGUUGGAGGAGAUGGGCCUAAAAGAGUGCGUCUGGAAGAGAUGAGGGAAAAACACUCUCUUCAAGAUCGAGUUGAAAUGUUAGGUGCUGUUCCCCAUGCUAAAGUACGGUCUGUCUUGAUUUCUGGCCAUAUAUUCCUAAACAGUUCUUUAACAGAAGCAUUUUGCAUAGCCAUAUUGGAGGCUGCUAGUUGUGGAUUAUUAACAGUCAGUACACGCGUUGGUGGUGUCCCAGAGGUUUUACCAGAUGAUAUGAUUGUCCUUGCGGAACCAGAUCCUGGUGAUAUGAUACAAGCAAUCAGGAAAGCAUUAACCAUACUUCCCCAGAUUGAUCCUCAAGACAUGCAUCUUCGUAUGAAAAAAUUGUACAGUUGGCAUGAUGUUGCCAAAAGGACGGAGAUAGUGUAUGACCGUGCUUUGAACUGCUCCAAUCCGAAUCUUUUAGAACGACUCCCGCGGUAUCUUACAUGUGGUGCUUGGGCAGGCAAGCUUUUCUGCUUGGUUAUGCUUAUUGAUUUUUUGUUUUGGAGGCUAUUACAAUUAUUGCAGCCUGCAGUGAAUAUCGAAGAGGUACCAGAUAUUAAUUUGCCAAUUUGUCAACAUGAAAGAGAUGUCAUGGAAUUUCAAUGAGGAACAAAGCUUGAAAUGAUAAUUAGGGUUCGAACGUCGCUUAUUUUAAAUUGGGAGCCAUUUAGUGGAUGGAGGUAGUAUUUAAUUUGAUCUAUCAAUUUCAUCCUGUAUGUAUAUAGGUACUAUUCAAUAGUUUCAGAAGGAAGUUCCAGACACAAUUAAUGCCUCUCUAACAUCUGUUGUUGCCCAUUUGCAAUUAUGCUUUCAUGCUACCCUGCUGCCAAAAUUGAUGGUAAGCCUUGGCUUCCUGGAAAGGGAAUAACAUAACCACAGGUGUACCAGGAGAUAUUUUUAAAUAUUUUUUUUUUAAUAAAUGGAUCGAUCGUAUAUAAAGUACAGGAAUUUAUAUACAGGAAUAAUGUUUUCUUACGGUGGUCCUUAUUUGUCCAAUCGCUCUCUCAUUUUGUAGGAACCUGGGCGAGAAUUAGAGUGUCAUUGUAAAGAAUUUAAAGCUUCAGCUACUCGAGGCAGGAACAGAGGUUAAUUUUCAUGACAAUUUAUCUCAGUUAUUAGCAGAAAGCAAGACAAGAUAAGUGACUUUUGGGUAAACAUUGGCAACACAAUGUGUGCGUAGCGAGCAAUUAUAUUAUGUUGGAGAAACUAGACCUUGUUAUUGUGUUUCCUAAAUCAUUUUUGUUGUAGUUAAAAUUACUUUGACACCAUGAAGACUAUGGUCAAGGCAAACAAUGUCUUGUCAAUUGUCAUUGUACUGUGAUAUGAGCUUAGCAGUCACUGACUCACUGUGGUGUCCAACUGUUGAAGAAUAGUUACGUGUCUCUUAAUCUUUACCGGCCUCAGAAAAUUGAAGUCCUUUAUUUUGUUUUUUCUCUAAACGAAAGGAGAUUUUUGUCUAGGACCUUAAAACUAUUUUAGGCUUCGGAUUUUGUUUGAUAUGUGGGAUUGUUUUCCCCAAUUUUAUUGGCUGAGCAUCCUAUUAAUCUCA